CAACAAAACAGAACAAAUCAGUAUACUCAUGAAGGAACAAAACAGAACAAAUCAACAAAAUAGAAAAAACCCAAAUAAAACUCAGAACUCAGAACCAAGGGCAAGGAGGAGGCUUACCUCAAUUGAUGAGCAUGAGCUCCGGCGAGCCACCAACGAAAGAAGAAGAGAACCGAAAAAGAGAGAAGACAGAGUCGCGAAUGGGAGGUUGAGGCAGAGAGACAGAGUCUCGAAUCAAAGUGAAGACUAUAGACUCGAAGAGGUAGAGGCCGACGAACCACCGGCGAGCUCCGACGAGAGGCAGAGAGGAAGAAAUGUUGACGGUGGCGAAGAGUGGAUUUGGGAACCACCGGCGAGCUCCGACGAGAGGCAGAGAGGAAGAAAUGUUGACGGUGGCGAAGAGUGGAUUUGGUUUUGUUGAAUGGAUUUGUCGAAGAGGAGAAGACUCAAUUAGGGUUUUUUUAGAUCCGGAUCUUAAUUUGGAUCUGGAUCUGGAUCCGGAUUUAAAACCAUUUAAAUGGAUUGGAUCAAAAACCAAAUUAUAAAAUAAAUGUAAUUUGGUUUGGAUUUUUUUUGGUUUAAAACUGGUUUUUUUAAAAUGGUUUGGUUUGGAUUUGGUUUAAAAUCCAAAAUAUGGAUUUUUUUGCCCACCCCU